AUGAGAAAACUGACUCAGGUGCAGCCAGAUUCUGCUUCAAAGUUAAACAAUUUGCCAGCCUGCGGCUUUCCCGGGGAGGAACCACAGUGUAGGCGCUACGUGACUUGCCCCGGACACCCAAGAAGCUCCUGUCAGCGCGCGGAGCUCCCACAUCCCGAGCCUGACCUCGAGUCGUGCACUCGUCCCGUGCAUGCGAGCGCCCUAGAACGCACUGCUUGUUUUUAUACCGUCUGUUCCAGAGAAAUCCAGCUGGUAGAGGAGCGCAGCGCCGUGAUUUAUUUGAGAACUCCCUCGUACUCGCCUGAAGGUCUCGCCGCCGGGGGAGGAGGGAGAGCGCGGGAGGCUGCGCUCCUCCGCGCCCGAACCGGCACCCAGGUAGAGGGCGAGGAGAGGAGCGGGGAUUUCCUCGGCUUCCUCCCAUGCACAUACCUCCCGGGGAGCGGCAGCGGCAGCCCGACUCCCCUCGGCGGCCGCUGGGAGGCUCCGCGCCUCGCCCCGGCCUCCCGGGCGCCGCGUCCCCGGCCGCGCUCCCUGCCGGUGACACCCGCCUCCCGCCCCCGCUCCGCUCCGCGCCGCGCCGCGCCGCACGGAGGGGCCGCGGGCAGCUCCGGCACCGGCAGCGCCGACAGCCCACCGGCAAACACCCGCCCGCCGGCGCGGGCAUGGAAUAUACAAAAACACAAAGGAAAAGUGGCUGCUGGACUGUUCUGGGGGCAAAAUGCUGGAAGUUUAGGAACUACAGUUUAGCGGCAGCCAGCCGGACACAGUCACCACGCCGCAGAGUGGCCAGCAACGAGCGGGCGAGAGAAACGAGAAAGCACAAAGACUGAACUAACCCGACCCUCCUCCUCUUUCUCCUCCUUCCCGGCUCUUUAUUUGCACAUUUACUAAAGACUUAAAAGAAAAAAAAGAAAAAAGAAAAAAAAAAAGAGCGAGCGAGAGAGCGAGAGAAACCCCAACAAACCCACUCCAGCUAACCUACGAGAUUUUCGGUCCGCCGGGGGUUUCUCCGCGCCGCCGACCACGGCAAUGCCUUAAAUUUUCACUUCAAGGAAUAACACCCCCCGCUCCCCCGAAAUAAAAUAAACCCAAUAAACCUG